UUAAAAUCUUAUUUCAGAUUGUGGUAGAGUAUAUGUCGAAAACCAAGUAUUGAUCGACAAUGGUGAUAGAGCACUUGUUGGAACGGCUCCUUGGAAUGUUGGAAUAUAUCAGUUAAAUAAAAUAAAUUAUAAUUAUGAUAUGAUAUGUGGAGGAUCAAUUAUUUCUCCAAAUUUAGUCAUUUCUGCGGCUCAUUGUUUUUGGCAAAAAGCUGUGUUAUCUAAGAAUAUAUCAGUAACGGAUGGUCUAUACAAAAUUGCUGUUGGAAAAUAUGAUAGAAAUAUUACAAUAAUUGACAAUGAAUUUACUCAAAUAAUAAAUGUGGAAAUGAUUCACCUGAAAGAAGGUUAUUAUGGACGUACUGGGUUCCAUGCUGAAGAUAUAGCUAUCAUAGUGUUACAAAACAAAGUUUCUUUUAGUAAUGGUGUUUCACCUGUUUGUAUCGAUUGGAACGGUAAAUACAAUGUAGUCAAUGGAAAUCAAGGAAAGGUUUGUUUGUAAUAUUAUUUUAAAAAAUAAAAUCGUGAUUUAAUUAAAGUUAAUUACUGUAUCUAUCUAUCGAUAAUUUUCAAUUUGUAUG